AUGGUUAAUCUCGAACUCUCGAAGCACGGCACAGGAUUGCUCUGCAUCAGAGUAGAACUAGAGUACAACUUCAUUAACCCCACAGCCCCUGCCCAGCCCCUGCCCCGCCCCGUCCGGCUGGCCCCCCGCCGCGCGCUGCCGCCGCCCACGGCCGCUCGCGCCGCCCGCCGCCGCCCGCUAAGGCCCCGCUUCGCGCUCGCCUCGCGCCGCGCGCUCGCCGCCGCCGGAGCUCGCCCUGCGCCCGCGCUGCCCACGGCCGCCCGCCUCGCCCGCCGCGCUCGGCAAGGCUGCGCCGCGCCCGCGCGCUCGCUACUGCGCCGCGCGCCCGCCCAGCGCUCGCGCCCUGCCUACCUCGGGCCGCCGCGCCGCCACGGCCGCGCGCGAGCCACGGCCGGCCACGCCCGCACCGGCUGCGCCCGCUCCGCCUCGCCGCCUCCGGCCCCGGCCGCGUGCCCCCACGCCGGCCGCGCCCGCUCCGGCUGCCCGCACGCCGGCCGCGCCCGCUCCCGCUCCGGAUGCCCGCCAUGGCCGCGCCGGCUCCAAUGGACAGAAGCAGUUGCUAGCUGA